AUGAGGCAAGGGAAGCAGCAGUAUGAUGAUCGAGAGACCAGCUGUUUCGUUCCGAACCUCAAACGGUGUCACAACGAGUCUGCUCUUGCGAGGCCAGAUUCUACCAUGGAUGUGCCGUCGCUUCCAAUUGCCAUCGACCCCGUGGCUUUGGUGACUACAGAAUGCAUCACGGUCACUUCGUCGAUGCGCAAGCAUGCCCGCUGGGCUCACUCCUCCGUCUCCGCCAUAUUGGGCGGCAAUGGGACAUCUCGCGUCUAUGAACGGGAUACAUCUGCCCCCCCAAGCCCGAAUCCCCGCAAGACCGGCCCACCGAUACGGAACGAAGAUGAUCACGUCCUGGCGAAUCGUUGGGGUCUGCGAGGGAAGAAGGGGAAAAGCAUGCAGGACAACCCAUUGAUAUCGGCCUUUACACGACUUAGAAGCGACCUCAAAGGGUGCAAAGAUAUCAGGACCUUUGAUACCCCGGCUUUACUUCACCCGUUCUUACAGGUCGUCCGUUCCUCCUCAACCUCUGCCACAAUUACUUCGAUCGCUCUGGUCUCCAUCACCAAGUUCUUUUCCUACAAUAUUGUGAACACCAACUCUCCGCGACUCUCGAUGGCGAUGCAGCUGCUUUCGGCUGCAAUUACGCACUGCCGAUUUGAAGCGAGCGACUCUUCGGCGGACGAGAUUGUCCUAUUGAGGAUCCUCAAGCUGAUGGAGGGCAUACUUUCGCGGCCCGAGGGCGAGCUACUAGGCGACGAAAGCGUGUGCGAGAUGAUGGAGACUGGCUUGAGUAUGUGCUGCCAAGGCCGUCUAUCAGAGGUACUCCGAAGAUCUGCCGAAAUGGCAAUGGUGAAAAUGUGCCAGGUGAUCUUCAUGCGCCUGUCGCAUCUGGAUGAGAACAUACCCGCAGGGCCGGAUCCCUUCGCCGGCGAAGAUACAAGAAAUGAUCUUUUAUCACGUUUGAAAAUGGACCCCUCUGUCAACGGGGAUACCGUGACAUCCCAGCAUCUGUCGGCUAUAAGUGCAGACACAGCAGCAGCAGAGCGAAACAGCACUAGCCGGGAGGGAACACCCGAUCCGGCCGGUAGUUCCAGCACUCCAGCUGCUGCAGCACCCCCCAGUCCAGAUGACGACCCGGAAGCAGAGGUCCAGCCGUAUUCUCUGCCGUCUAUCAGAGAAUUGUUCCGCGUCUUGAUCGACCUUUUGGAUCCACACAACCGGCAGCAUACCGAUGCCAUGAGGGUGAUGGCACUCCGUAUCAUUGAUGUCGCGUUAGAGGUAGCAGGUCCAUCAAUUGCUCGACACCCGAGCCUGGCAGCCUUGGCCAAAGAUGACCUAUGUCGUUACCUCUUCCAAUUGGUCAGGUCAGAGCAUAUUGCUAUUCUGACAGGCUCAUUGCGAGUUGCUGGUACACUAUUGUCGACUUGCCGGCCUGUACUGAAGCUACAGCAAGAACUUUAUAUUUCAUACCUUGUGGCAUGCCUCCACCCUCGCGUUGAAAUACCGCGAGAGCCUGGAAUUGACCCAUCACUCUACGAAGGCAUACCUCAAUCGCCUAAGUUGGUCAAGCAGCCGGCUUCACAGACUAAUAGCGGGAGAUCAACGCCUGUUCCUGUCAGGGACCGACAAAAGCUUGGACUUGAAGGAGGGUCGAGAAGACCCGAAACCAGAGAGGCCAUGGUUGAAAGCAUCGGCGUCUUGUCUCGCAUACCUAGCUUUAUGGUUGAGCUUUUCGUCAACUACGACUGUGAGGUGGACCGGGCGGAUUUGUGCGAAGAUCUGAUCGGACUUUUGUCUCGGAAUGCUUUCCCAGAUUCUGCCACUUGGAGCACUACAAACGUCCCACCGCUAUGCCUUGAUGCUCUCUUGGGCUAUGUGCAAUUUGUGUACGACAGGUUAGACGAUGAGCCGGUACAAGGUGACUAUCCACCACAAGAACGCCUACGGAAGCAGCGCGAGACCAAGAGACUCAUCAUCAAGGGAGCUCAGAUCUUUAAUGAGGAUCCCAAAAAGGGAAUUUCAUUCCUUGGCGGCCAUGGUGUGAUUGAGGAUGUGAAGAAUCCAGUUCUGGUCGCUCGCUUCCUGAAGGGAACCUCUCGCCUGUCGAAGAAGGUUCUCGGAGAAUACAUCUCUAAGCGCGGCAACGAAGAAUUGCUUGGCGCUUUUGUGGACUUGCUCGAUUUUUCGGGACGCAAUGCGGUCGAAGCACUGCGAGAACUGCUGAGCUCCUUCCGUUUGCCCGGCGAGUCACCUCUUAUUGAACGAAUCGUAACUAUCUUCUCGGAGCAUUACGUCGACAAGGUACAGCCUGAGGGCAUUGCCGACAAGGACGCACUCUACAUCUUGACAUAUGCCAUCAUCAUGUUGAACACUGAUCAGUACAAUCCCAACGUCAAGCCACAAAAUCGCAUGUCGUUCAUCAGUUUCGCCAGAAACCUACGUGGUGUCAAUGGCGGCGGUGAUUUUGCGGAGGAAUUCCUCCAGGAGAUCUACGAUUCCAUCAAGAGCAACGAGAUCAUCCUUCCCGAUGAGCACGAGAACAAGCAUGCCUUUGACUAUGCCUGGAAAGAAAUGUUGUUGAAGUCCUCGUCGACAUCUGAUAUGGUGAUCGGGGAAACUAACUUGUUUGAUGCUGAGAUGUUUGAGGCCACAUGGAAACCAGUGAUCGCGACCCUCUCGUAUGUCUUCAUGUCUGCGUCAGACGACGCAGUGUACUCUCGUGUGGUGAACGGUUUCGACCAGUGUGCACAAAUUGCUGCGCGCUACGGUUUGACUGAGGCGUUUGAUCGUAUCGUCUUCUCACUUGCCUCGAUCAGCACUCUGUCUACCGACAAACCCCCAAGCACAGCGCUCAACACAGAGGUUCAAGCUGGCCAGAAGAGCGUGAUGGUCAGUGAGUUGGCCGUCAAAUUCGGCCGAGACUUCAGAGCGCAGUUAGCCACUGUGGUACUUUUCCGGAUUCUCGCCUCGAACGAGGCCACUGUCAAACAAGGAUGGGAGCACAUUGUCCGCAUAUUGAGCAAUCUAUUUAUAAACUCUCUCAUUCCACCAUUCGAUGCCCAGCUUACGUCCGAGCUCGAGAUCUCCCCGAUUCCGCUGCAGCCUCCGUCACAAGUCGUCGAUCGUGAUGGACGGAGCAAUGAAACCGGAAUCUUGUCCGCUUUCACAUCCUAUCUUUCCAGUUAUGCGGCGGAUGACCCCCCCGAGCCCUCAGAUGAGGAGCUUGACAACACACUUUGCACAGUCGACUGCGUGACGUCGUGCUCGAUACCCGACAUCUUAUCGAAUAUCAAAACCCUUCCAUUGGCUUCUCUGGAGACGCUUGUGGAGGUUUUACUCUCUCUGCUCCCUGAAGAAAAUGCACCGGCUGUCAUUGUUGUGAAAUCCGAGCGGCCUACACCCACCUCUCGAAUUGGAAACAGGGCUGACCCUAACCAACCUAAAUACGACCCCUCAAUGAUCUUUGUUCUUGAACUGGCUACUGUGCUCACUCUUCGAGACGACAAGACCUUGGAGGUGCUCGGAGAAAACCUUGCCACGACCCUCCAAACACUGCUGCGUGAUGCCAAGAACCUCCAUCCUCUGUCUGUGUCUCGUGUUGUAUCUUACUUGCUCAAUUUGUUACGACUUAGUCAUGAACAACACUUCAUGCGGGUGCCCGUUGUGCUUCAUGCUAUCUCUGGAUUUGAUCAGGAUAUCCUGGAAACCGUGGCCACAGCCACCGUCAAGGGCCUAUCCAGAUGCAUUACCCACACCGGUCGUCUCCGAAAUGAGAUCACUAUAUCUCCAGACUUCUGGUCAGUCUUGCAAAGACUUCACCAACACGAGGCAGUUGCGCCCCUUGUGUUCGAUCUUCUGCAAAGCAUUGUCAAUUCGAUGCCGGAUAUCAUCACCGCCGACAACUACGAGUUCGUGGUCAGCUUGGCAAACGACUUCGUGAGUGCUGCUCGUGUUGGGUCUAUCGAGGAACGACACAGGGAUGCUCAGGCCCGUCGUAACAAGAGCAUCAAACAGUCAAAACCAAGUGAAAAUCAAGUCGUCACUCGCGGCGUGAAGGCAAUUGGCCUGAUCUACCAUCUGACUGGACGAGUUCCGGCUCUUAUCAAACAAUCACACCUUGAGGAGCACGAAGCCUGGGCUGCGUACUGGUCACCUAUCUUCCAAUCCCUGACCAGUCAAUGCAUCAACCCGUGUCGCGAUAUUCGACACCAUGCCAUCUCCACAUUGCAACGCUCUCUACUAUCCGCAGAGCUAGUCUCCAGCGACGAUAGCGAGUGGACUAGCAUUUUUGACGAAGUCCUAUUCCCGCUUGUAAUCCUCCUUCUGAAGCCGGAGGUCUACCAUUCCGACCCCAUUGGCAUGACAGAGACUCGCUUCCAAGCCGCAACCUUGGUCUGCAAGAUCUUCUUGCGAUUCCUUGACCAGCUGCCAAACCGAGCGGGCAUGCUUCCCCUCUGGCUCAGGAUCCUGGAUAUUCUUGACCGUAUGAUGAACAGCGGCCAAGGUGACAGUCUGGCGGAGGCAGUUCCCGAAAGCUUGAAGAACAUUCUCCUUGUCAUGGCUGAUGGAGGCUACCUCAUCCCUCCAUCACAAGAUCCAAGCAAGGAGGAGAUCUGGGUCGAGACCCGCAAGCGUCUUGGUCGCUUCUUGCCUGAUCUCUUUGCCGAGGUGUUCCCUGAUCCUCCCAAAGAUUCUGAACAGCCUCAACAGGGAAAUGUUGUUCCCUCUCCAGUCCAGAACAACGAGACAGAGCAGAAACCCGAAGAAACGGCCGCAAUCGAAGACAAUGGUGAAAAGGAGGGUGCCGUCGCUGAUGCCGAGAGCCCAUCUUCGCCGCAAGAAAUUGAAGCAGGGACUGCUUAA